AUCUGUGGCCAUGAUCAACUUUAGCUCUUCCCCUCUCUCUCUCUCACAGCCACGAGUUCUCCACAACUUCCGCCCUCCUGCUGACGAAUCCUACUUCUGUAUCUUUCUCACUUCCUCUUCUGCCUUGGAUUGUCCGUCCGACGACCGGAGGGUUCUCGACAGCCGAGAAGCAGUGAAAAUGGGGCUGCUCUCCGGCUAUCGUCCCCUGGUGAGGAGGAUCGGCAGCUUCAAGCUUUCGGGAAAUGGGAAGAGGCGUCCCCAAGUGACCAAGACCCUCAGCACCCUCUCCACCAAUCAGCUCCUCGUCAGCGACGCCGGCGACGACCAUGGUGAGAGCCGCGGCGGAGGCGACUCCAGUACCGGGUCGUCCAGACCCCGGAAUCAGAAGGCUAUCAUGGACGGGAAGAAAGGUGGUGGUGGUGCAGGUGAGGCGCCGGCGGCGAGCGGCUCAACCAAGGAGGACAGGAGGGUACACAGCACCAGGAAGGGUGAAGAGGGGAGCCAUAGUGCGUCAUCGUCGUCUUCGUUGUUAAGCGGGGAUCGUCGGGAGGAGGAGGAGAUCGAAGAGGAGGAAUUUGGACGGCAGUGGAGGCUGGGGUCUGGGGAUUUCCCGGGAUCGCCAAGCUUCCGGGAGUAUUGCCACAUCUCCGUCGCCGACACGGAUGACAGCGCCGAGGAUGGCGAUUACAGGCAUACCGAUGGUGAAUCGUCUCAUGAAAGGAAAGGAAGCAAUGGUUCUGCAACACCCACAACCACGGACCAAACAAAGAAGUCGCCGCCGGCGGCCAAGGACAGGUUCAAGAGGCUGAGGCUAUUGACGAGGGCACCAAUUGCAAUGUUGAAUGUGCGUUCAUGUUACCACCAUUGUUCUUCUUCGCAGGAGAGCCCCCGUCUCCUUGCGGUCAAGUCCGCUUCCUAGCCUCCGAGAAGCUCAAAGUGCAAGUGGCGACGCUGGGAUUCGAUCUCCGGACCUUCUAAUGGAAAGUUGGCUUAGUGGGAUGUAGCAGGUGUAUCUACCCUUUUGUAGGGAAGUGAACAAGUAUCCAUUCUAGCUAUGAUUCGUCGUUUCUUCUUCAUUUUUGUUCUCCUUAUGAUGAUAGUUACUAAAACUAUAAGUGAUACUUCUUUUUUUGGGGAGAAAACUAGCAAGAUAUGAAGUCUCUCGACCAGGCGGGUGAUUUAAAUGCAUGAAACGAGAAAUGAUGAAUGGGUAAUGUAUGAAACAUGUUACAGGACCCAAAUGCAUAGAAUUUACUUCUCAUGGAAACUUUUAAAGAGCAUGCACAUAUCUGUAAUGGUAGACCUUCAUCAAUCAUCAGGAUC